AUGCAUGUUUGCUACAGAAACAAAAACAAACACGAUUCAGCAACUAGACGAAUUUAACUAAUAAAGCGACGCAAAAUUCACAGACAGCAAAAAAAAAAAAAACAUAAAAACAAUUGUAUAAGAAACCUGUUUUCACGUUAAAGGUGAUGUUGUUCGUCAGCUCCACUAAAUCGGAUAUGCUCUAUGCACUCAGUAGUUUAGUUUGAUUGACAGUAACACCAAGAAGAUCUAAGCUGAAAGAUGGUGAGAGCCUAGUGGCAAAUUGCUUACUUGCAUUUUAAAGUGAAAAAUUCAACUAUACACAGUGCAAUUCUUUUGAGAAAGCAUAAAGAACAGCUGGCGGUGAAGUCAGCAGCAGGGAAUUUGUUAUAUGCAACAGCUGGUCAAGGAAACCGGCUUUUUAUGCACAGUAACCUUGGCGAAUUGACAUUCACCUGUAUGGAUCAUGUACCGUCUUAAAUAAACAAUGCUUUGCUGCAACUACAAUUUAAAGCAAUAGUAAAAGUUGGCGUGGCAAACAAGUCGCUGCAAUUUCUACGAAUGUACUUAAAUAGGAAAGUUAUAUAAAAAAAGCUGUGAAAAAUGUAUCUCAAUUAUCUUAUAAUACUCAAGCUUCUAAGUCAACUCACGUAUUCGUGUGUAAAUGCCGAUUUUACACCCGGAUCUAUGCAGCAUACACCAAUACCUCUGCCAAAUUUACCAGCAGAGCAUUUAAUACGCUACCUUAAUACCUUCCCGCAAGUACGUGAACAUUGUGUCAAAAAUGAAGAUUGUCUACGCAUAAUUCGUAGUAACGCCUCCACGAAUAGCUUAAAUGACGAAUUUAUAUCCACAUUGGACACCCUAACCGCAUGUUGGGGUCAUGAACUUGACUGUGAUGCGAAUAAACGUUUUCAGACGCCCACUUGUCCGGGCGAACACCACGGUUGGGUGCAAAGCAAAACUGCACAAGUGAAUACAUUCUACAAUCAAGCCGAUUUUGGUUAUAUACAAAAUCAAAUCAACGAAUUGUCACUUAUAUGUGAGCCACAUUACAUCACCGAUUCCUCGCUAGAAUGUAGCAAAUAUCUGCGCUUUUGUCGCGGACGCAAUUUGCUCUUUGACUUUCGCGACUUAGCGCAACGAAAGGAAUUAAUACGAUAUCAUAUGGAUGUGCUGAAACCACACCAGUUGUUAGGACAUUGCCAGUUCAAUCGUACACGUUUAGAGGCCGAAUUGGACCAUAUGGGGGCACUGCAGUCUUGGGCGCCGGAAUUGCGAAAUUUCGGGGAACUACCCACGUCACUAAUGACAAGUGGUGCGUGUGAUUUAGUCAUUGAUACGCCCACAUUUAUUCUGAAAAUCGAUGCUACAUAUAAUAUGUAUCAUCAUUUCUGCGAUUUUUUCAAUUUGUACGCAUCGCUUUUCGUAAAUCAAUCACACCCGCUAGCGUUUCAUACAGACUCUCGCAUUUUGAUUUGGGAAACAUACCCCUACGAUUCGCCAUUUGCUGAGACAUUUAAGGCAUUUUCCGACAAUCCAAUAUGGACAUUAAAUGAUUUUAAAGGAAAACGUGUAUGUUUUCGGAAUGUGGUGUUGCCUCUUUUACCACGUAUGAUAUUUGGCUUGUUUUAUAAUACGCCGCUGAUUCAUGGCUGUCAAGGUAGUGGUUUAUUUCGUGCCUUUUCCGAAUUCAUUUUACAUCGCUUACAAAUACCUUUCCGUCCACCUAGACCACAAACUAAAUUACGUAUUACAUUCUUAUCACGUCGCACAAAGUAUAGGCAAGUUUUAAAUGAGGAUCAGUUGCUCGAAGAAAUCGGUGCGAACAGCAGCUAUCACGUGCAACGUAUUUCGUUUGAAAGGGGUCUCUCCUUCAGUCAGCAAUUGGCUAUAACGCGGAACACAGAUAUACUUAUAGGCAUGCAUGGUGCUGGAUUAACCCACCUGCUUUUCUUGCCGAAUUGGGCUACAAUUUUCGAGCUUUAUAAUUGUGAAGACCCUAAUUGUUAUAAAGAUUUGGCGCGCCUGCGUGGCGUUAAUUACAUUACAUGGGAACGUGAAGAACUACUCUAUCCGCAAGAUGAAGGUCAUCAUCCGCAGGGUGGAGCCCAUGCAAAAUUUACAAAUUAUCGUUUUGAUAUAAAAGAAUUCACACGACUUGUGGCAAAAGCCGCCGAUCUAGUAUAUACACAUAAUGAGUACCAGAAAUUUCAGACGCAGCAAAAUAACAAGCAUCCAAACACUCAUAGUGCGGGCGAACAGAUUUUGCAGCCGAAAGAAGAGCUGUAGAGGUCUAUUUAUGCAGUAUUUUCAAAGUUAAGUAAUUGUGAUCUUGAAUAAAAUUUAAGUGGUAAAGUAAUAUAAUUCUUUUUAUAUUCUUUUGUAAUUUAAUUUUUUUAAGCUGAAAAUUUUAUCCGACUCAUUAUCAUUAUAAUAAAAUUAUUUUUUUAAUUUAUUAUAGUUAAGGUAA